ACGCCUCCACGGAGUUGCAGUUACAGAUGAAUAGAAUCACUAAUACCUUGAAAGACAUCUCAUCCACAAUCUCUCCUAACAUGUCUUCCUCCUCACUAGGCUCUCGCUUCGAGCAAUCCAUAACAAUGGCCGCUCUCCGGUCAUAUCUCGCAGAGUUCAUCUCCACUUUCCUCUUCGUUUUUGCCGCUGUGGGAUCCACCAUGUCUACCCGUAGGCUAACUCCGGAUACAACAUCAAACCCAUCCAGUCUUGUAGCCGUAGCAGUAGCAAAUGCAUUUGCCUUAUCGACGGCGGUUUAUAUCUCUGCCAAUAUUUCCGGUGGCCACGUAAACCCGGCUGUCACCUUCGGAAUGGCCAUUGGCGGCCACAUCAGCAUCCCCACGGCCAUGUUCUAUUGGGUGGCACAGUUGUUGGGCUCCGUCAUGGCUUGCGUACUCUUAAGAGUGACCACUGUCUCACAAGCGGUACCUACACAUGGAAUUGGAGAGGAGAUGACGGGUUUCGGGGCGGCGGUUUUGGAGAGUGUCAUGACAUUCACUUUGGUGUACACAUUUUAUGCGUCCGGUGACCAAAGAAGAGGGUUCUUUGGGGUCAUUGGCCCGGUUGCUAUCGGGCUUAUAGUCGGAGCCAAUAUCCUUGCAGCCGGUCCCUUUUCGGGUGGGUCGAUGAACCCGGCAUGCUCAUUUGGAUCUGCUCUCGUAAGUGGGCAUUUUAAGAACCAAGCGGUUUAUUGGGUUGGACCAAUGAUUGGUGCUGCAGUUGCUGGUCUUCUUUAUGAGAAUGUAAUAUUCCCUCCUCAACCUACUGAUUCAUCACGGGGUUUGGUUAUGGAGGGAAUAUGA